GGCGCCGCGGCCGCGUGGAUCAGUGGGGGCGGCUCUGCGGGACGACGGGGCAGGAAGGGAGGCGGCCGCCUAGCCAUUCUUAAAGGGACCUUAGAGAAGGCGACGGGCUGCUGACGACCGGAAGGAAAAUGAGUGAAUCUUUGGUGGUUUGUGAUGUUGCUGAAGAUUUAGUGGAAAAGCUGAGAAAAUUUCGUUUUCGCAAAGAAACCAACAAUGCUGCCAUUAUAAUGAAAAUUGACAAGGAUCAACGCCUGGUGGUACUGGAUGAGGAACUUGAGGGCAUUUCACCUGAUGAACUUAAAGAUGAACUGCCUGAACGUCAGCCUCGCUUCAUUGUGUAUAGUUACAAAUACCAACAUGAUGAUGGAAGAGUUUCAUACCCUCUGUGCUUUAUUUUCUCCAGUCCUGUAGGAUGUAAACCUGAGCAACAGAUGAUGUAUGCUGGGAGUAAGAAUAAGUUAGUCCAAACAGCCGAACUAACCAAGGUAUUUGAAAUAAGAAAUACUGAAGAUCUAACUGAAGAAUGGUUACGUGAGAAACUUGGAUUUUUCACUAAUGUGAACUUCUGUGUUUCUAAAGUAUUUUUGUGUUAACCUGACCAUACUGGAACCAGACAUGAAUACUUAUUUAUGCCUAAAAAUGCACUGUUACUUACAGUUUGUUUCCUGCAGUAAAGAAAAAUUCUUCAUUUGUGCAAAGUUUGAACAAAGAGGAAAUCAUCUUUAUAGUAAUGAAACCCUGUAAAGUGUCUCCUUAUAAUUGUAAUUGUCAGGUGGACUACUUUUCUCCAGGGACGUUUUGCACUCUUGUGACUAAUUUCUAUAACCUAUGGUUCAGAAUUUGUUAGUAUUUACAGACACCAUUGGAAAGUGGAUAUUAGAUGGUGACAGACAACAGUGGCCUCCUUUGGCCAAGACUGGAUCCUGGCAGAUUACAAGUGAAAAUAGCUUAUUACCAUUUGUCACGUUUAAAUUCUUUUGGGGUUAAAAUCUUAAAGUGACCUAGUUUUGAGCCAUGAAUAAUAAUUUACUGCAGUAUAACCUAUAUUGCAUUUUUCAUCGAUAUUUUAUACCUCUUUUGGUUUCCUAUAUCUUUGUAAUCAAAUUUAGAAACUACAUCAAUCAUUCACUCUUCAAGUCUGGGAGAUAGUUUUAUGGCAGCGUUUUGACUUGGCUUUUCUUCUUACGGAAAAUAGCAGCUUAGUCUUAGAAAGAGAUAAGUUGUAAUAAUCAAGGGCUUCAUUCCUGGUUACGUCUUUAUUUAUGAAGCUGCUCCUAAUGUCUUGUGAAUACUAAUUAUUUUAAAUGUGUUAAUACUGUGCCUUUGAUUUGUUAGUGUUAAUAUUAGUUUAAUACUUUUACACUGCCAAUAUUCUAGAUUUGGUGAAAUUAAUAUACUUUUUAAAAGGGCCAAGUCAAACAAUUUUCUAAUGUGUGUCUGAAAUUUGUAAUAAAAUCAACUUCUAACUUUUAAAAUUCCAACCUACUUGUUUGCAUGGGUAACUGUGUGGCAAAUGAAAGUUAGGAUUUUGGGCAUAUUUGUUACUAGUUUUGUGCCAUAUGCAAGAAUUGGUUAUCUAACUUUGACCAUAGUUAGUAACAACAGAUCAAUAGAAAUCCACCUGUUUUAUCCUAAAUAUCAGAAGAUACUCUGACCUGGAAACCUGAACUACUGACCAAACCACCUGUGUUAGAUGAUGGCCCCCUUAGCAUGAAGUGAGAAGUCUGAUAUACUUGCCACGAUCAUACUGUAUUUUAAAAAGAAACAUAUAAGUAACUGCUGAAUGUUAAUUUGAUUUAAAAAAAAAAAAAAGUCUAGAGACUAUAGAAGCUACCCAAAUUUGGUGUGUGCAUUCUUAGAUUAAGGAUAUUGUAGCAAAAACAAAAUUGUAGUCUUUUGAAAUCUAGCAGAAGCAUUCCUUUUAUGUUGGCAUAUUUUCAUUCACAUACUAUUAUUAUUUUUUAGGUUCUGUGCCAGCUUUAGCAAGGAGGUCAGAGUUGGGACUUUCUCUGAAUAGAGCAUCUAUCUUCCAUCCCAAACAUUGCUUGGCUCACUAUCUGUGUCCAGGAAACAGUUGUGGGUCAGAGCUGAGCAAGUGCUAGAGUGGUAUUUACUUUGGUUAAUGAAUGGAAAAGUUCCUUUAUUCCAAUUUCCAGAGAGAAAACUUGACCCACGGAUUUAAGCAUUCAUUAAGCAGUGGCCUGUGGCUGUGGCUCAGUGGUAGAGCCCUUUCCUACACAUGCAAGGCCCUACGUUUGAUUCCCGCUCCUCAAAAAGAAAAAAAGAGUUCUUAAACAGGUAUUUUGAUACAGAUUGGAGGAUUUGCUUUAUAAUCCUACAGAAAUGCAAAUGUAGUCCAAGUGAGGAGAGUGGUUUUCAUGCUUCUGAAUGAAGGCAAUGAGAUUUUGUUUCACCUAAUUUGCAUCAGGAGAGAAACUAGUGCUGCAAGAGUGGGUAUUUGUUAUGAGGUUCCUUUUCUUGCCUAACAUGUAUAGCUUUUUUUUUUUUUUUUUUUUUUUAAUUUAGAAGCCCUCCAAAAGGUCCUGACAUACACAGCAUUCUUCAUUUUUCUCUAACAGGUGUAAGGAGAUGGGAUAAACUGCAUUGUUUUAACCUGUCUGACUCCCUAUCAGUAACUUGUGUUUUGCAAAACAACAGAUUGGAUUAGGAAAUCAGUAAAACUUUUCUUUUAUUUUAGUUCUAUCUGUCCUUUGGGGAGAUAUGUCAAUCCCGUGCUCUAAAAUGUCCAUCAGAUAUUUAUGUAAAUUUUCCUAUAAUGAAAAUCUGCAGUUUUUAAAAGUAUAUUUCCUUAUUAGUUUCUUUUUUUCUUCUUCUUUUUUUUUCUGUCUUUCUUCAAGUGUACCUUUGGAUUUCAGAAUUCCAGUUUUUACAUUCCAUAUGUUUCUGGGACAGCCAUUCCCAUUCAGCCUUAAAUCUUGAUCUUUCCUUUUUGGCAGCAACUUUUUCCUGAGGACCUUUGUUGUGGUUUUCUAAGUCAGCAUUAGUUUUGAAAUUGUUAGCCUUACAUAAGUUCUGCAUAGACUCUAAUAUCCAAAUGGAACUAAGUAGUAAUUACAACGUAUAUUAGGUAUGAUAUUUAUGGCAACAUAAGUGACAUGUGAAGAAAACUGUUCUCAGGUUACUAUGCUGAAAUUCCAAAAUGUCUGAGUUCUGAAUAGUGAUCACUGUUCUGGUAUUGAAGCAAUUGUGUUAGGGGAAAGGUUGGUUGACUGUUUUGUUUAAUUGACUUCUGAAAUACAUGUUUGAAUUGUCUCUAAAAAGUUUACUAAAUACCUAGUGCAAUUAAACACCCUCUUGUUUAAGAGGGAGUUGCUAAAUUUUUUAUUGUCAUUACUAAAAAUCUGUGUAGCAACAUGUGUGCUAGCGCUCUCCUUCCGUUUUUCUCUCCUAUUUUCAGGAGUCAAACAGCCAUAACCUAUAUCCCGGCCUGACACGUUAACUGAAAGUUUCCUGUUAGAGGAGUUUAUUGCCAAAUUAAAUUUGGCUGCUUUCCCCCUACUCAUAUAAAUAUUAAGGAAGGUGCACUUGAAAAAUGUUUGGACUGAUUUUAAAUUCAAGCAGUGUCAUUAAUCCGUAUGUGGACUAGUGAUGAAUAGAUAUUUUCUUAAGAGUUUAAAUGCUGAUAUUUGGUGGAAGUAGAGAGUGGCUUGUAUUCUAUUAAAGUACUCAUGUGAUUGCAGUCAUUUGUUCAAUAGACUGAUAAUACUGGAAUCUAUAAUGUUUGAACCUUUACAACUUAUGUGAAGAAAUGUUUCAAACAUUUCUGGACAAAUCUUAUUUUGUAUUUCUGGAAGAAUGUAAAUAAUCUAAGCCACUUACAACUAAUCCUCCCAAGGUGAAUGUUCUUGAGCAGCUCGUUUCCCAUGAGGCCAUCGCACAUUGCAGAUUGGUGAACGUAUUCCUGUAAUGUUAGAAACAACUACAUUAUGCUUGUGAUAGAACCUAUUUUCUUGCUUUUUGGAAUAUAAUUACUUGAAUAUUGUUUGAGAUCAUUAACAUGCCAGGGCAUUUCCCGCUGAUGUAGAAGGUCCAAUAUAAUCUCAUUCAGGAGGCUUGAAACAUUGAUGGUUUUGUCUUGUGAAUUUUAACAGUUCUCUGUCGUCUAAAAACAACUGGCACUUCUGAAGCUGUGGUUUCAGUGUCUGCUGGUUCAUAUUGCAUGUUUAUUUUGGACAGUCUUUUGGUAAGCAUGGUGCUUGUACUGGUUUAAAUAAAAUGUUAACAUGAAAGGA